AACUGAGUCUAGAUCAUUGGGCCGAUAAUCGAGAUUUGGGAACAGUUAUUACAAUUUUCAUGGUGGUUGUCUGUAAAUUAGUCAAAAGAUAACAACUGCAAACAAGAUAACUGCAUCGAACUGAACUCCUGCGUCGGAUUGGGAAGAUAGAAACUAAAACAAUGUGAGAACGAAUGCAUCAUUGUCGAAUUUCCUGUCAUAGUGAGUUAUAAUGUCGGGAUUAGAAGAGUUAAGGAAGAAGCUAGCGCCUCUGUUUGAUGCCGAGAAGGGAUUCUCGGCUGGAUCAACACUUGAUCCUUAUGAUUCUUACAUGCUGUCGGAUAGUGGAACUGUCAACUUGUUGAGUAGAUCAUAUGGAGUGUAUAACAUUAAUGAGCUUGGAUUGCAAAAAUGCACAUCUUCACCUGUGGACGAAACGGAUCAAGGUGAAAAGACGUAUCGGUGUGCAUCUCAUGAGAUGCGGAUAUUCGGGGCAAUAGGUAGUGGUGCAAGCAGUGUUGUUCAAAGAGCUAUGCAUAUUCCAUCUCAUAGAAUUCUUGCAUUGAAGAAAAUUAAUAUAUUUGAGAAGGAGAAAAGACAACAACUUUUGACAGAAAUACGGACACUUUGUGAAGCACCCUGUUCUGAGGGUCUGGUGGAAUUCCAUGGAGCUUUCUAUUCCCCGGACUCGGGACAAAUAAGCAUAGCUUUAGAAUACAUGGAUGGAGGGUCACUGGCAGAUAUCUUAAGAUUGAAGAAAAGUAUACCAGAACCAGUCCUUUCAUCUAUGUUUCAGAAGCUCCUGCAGGGAUUAAGCUACUUGCAUGGAGUUAGGCAUUUGGUUCACAGAGACAUCAAGCCUGCAAAUUUGCUAGUAAAUCUUAAAGGGGAGCCCAAAAUAACAGAUUUUGGCAUAAGUGCUGGCCUAGAUAAUUCAAUGGCAAUGUGUGCUACCUUUGUCGGAACUGUUACAUACAUGUCACCCGAGCGAAUUCGAAAUGAGAGUUAUUCUUAUCCUGCUGAUAUAUGGAGCCUUGGUCUUGCUCUCUUUGAGUGCGGAACUGGAGAAUUUCCAUAUAUGGCUAAUGAAGGACCUGUUAAUCUCAUGUUGCAGAUCUUGGAUGAUCCUUCCCCAUCACCGCCAAAACACAAAUUUUCACCAGAGUUCUGUUCAUUUAUCGAUGCUUGCCUGCAGAAGGAUGCAGAUGCCAGACCAACAGCUGAGCAGCUUCUUUCCCACCCAUUUAUCAAAAAGCAUGAGCAUGAUACAGUAGACCUAGCAGCAUUUGUUCGAAGUGUUUUUGAUCCAACUCAAAGACUGAAAGAUUUGGCUGAUAUGUUGACAUUACACUAUUACUUACUAUUUGAUGGACCGGACGAAAACUGGCAGCAUGCAAGGACCCUAUACAAUGAAGAUUCGACUUUUAGUUUCUCAGGGAAGCAGUUUGUUGGUCCAAAUGAUAUCCAUGCAAAGUUGUCCAGUAUCCGGGGCACAUUAGCAGGUGACUGGCCCCCUGAAAAGCUUGUACAUGUUGUAGAAAAACUCCAAUGUCGUGCUCAUGGUCAAGAUGGAGUAGCAAUCCGUGUCUCAGGAUCCUUCAUUAUUGGAAAUCAGUUUCUAAUUUGUGGGGAUGGUUUACAAGUAGAGGGCAUGCCUAACUUUAAAGAUCUUUCUAUCGAUAUCCCUAGUAAGCGAAUGGGUACAUUUCAGGAACAAUUUAUAAUGGAACCAGGAAAUGUCAUCGGUCGCUACUUUAUAGCUAAACAAGAGCUUUACAUUAUUCAAUAGACGAACUACGAGCAUGCUCUCCGCUUGAGUCUGGUUCAAUGUGGCGACAAGUUUCAUUGAAUGGCUAGAAAGUAAUCGCGGAUGGUCUUCCGUUUCAACGAGGAAGGAGGAUUCAGCACUGAAGUCGGACUCCUCAUUGAGGCUUCAGGUGUUUUCUCAAAGGUUUCAUUUGAGUCUGAACUUGAUGGGAACUUUUUCUUCUGGGCUUCAGGAGUUCUAAGUAAAGAUGCAGUGGCAGGACUUGAUGAGUAAAUUUGGAGUGCUUCAUCUGAAGAAUAUGAACUACCAGUACCAGGUUGCUUUAUUUGAUCCAUUGGUUCUACAGUCUCAUUCACCAAUAGCUUACUACUUUCUGCGCUUGGAACUGCCAUUACUCUUCUUCGGACAGAAGAUGGCAAUCUUGUGCUUGAGCAGUAUCUGGGUUCAAUGUUCCAUAGUCGAACCUGAAAAUUGUACGCAGUUCUGGUUAGAACUGAAGCAUAAAAAUUUCCAAAUAAUGUUCAAUCUCAGCAAUUGCCAUUCAAA